AUGUUUCCCUCGCUUGUUUUCAAUUCAUUUGCUGAACUUGACUCAAAAAUGGAGGAAUUCCAAGCUGUAUGGCAACCAUCUCUCUUUGUUUAUGUUUUAUUAAGAAAACGGGCUCUAUGUAUGCUAAAAGGCACACAUGUCCAUGGUCGAAAGAUGAGCCUGACAAACAACGAUUAGUCUACAAAAAGUUCAACUAUGAGUGUUUCCACUAUGGCUAUGGCAAACGAACCACAGAUGGUCACGAAAACAAGUAAUUUCACACAGUCUAAUACAAAAUUUGAAGAACUCUGAAGACUGGUUGUAAAUCUGUGAUUUAUGUCACUUGCCGUAAUGAUCAGUUGCUCAUUGGGCGCUUCGACAUGAGGCAUAACCACCCGGUUUCGGGUUCUUCCGGAAAUGUCUAUCGGCGCAACCGUCGGCUAAACGCUGACCAGCAGGCUGCCGUUAAGGAACAUCUUAAGGCAGAUCCUCAAGAGUUCAUGCUAAAGGAAUACAUACAGAGUACCUUGUUUGUUUGACUUUACGUCUUAGAUUCUUUUCAAGUCUAUAUGACAACAUCAGAGGUCCGGAAUCUAAAAAGGAAACUACAGCCUCGAAAGAUCGCAAAAGCAACCAUUGGUCCAACUCUAAAGAAGCUUCAAGAACAAGGACUCCUGGAAUUGCUGGUUGAUGGAGAAGGCACAUAUCAGCUGAUUGCAUUUACUACACAGGAACUUAUGAAAGAGUUCCACCAGUAUCCCGAAGUAAUUCAGAUUGAGGAAGUUCGUCUGUCAAGUGAUCGUCCAUAUUCCAUAUACUGCGUUUCUAUCGUUGACCGCGAUGUGCAUACGCGGGCUGUUUUCUUCGCCUUUUUGUUCAACAAAGGGGAAAAAACCUUCCGGUACAUGCUAAGAGCCUUCAAAAAUUUGAUGAGUCUAAAGAUAGAUGAGCUGGAAACUGUCUUUAUCGACGUCGAGUUUUCGAAGUCGCAUGUUGUUCGGCAAGAACUAUCUUGGACCAGGCUCCUCCUACGUCAGGUACUCGUGCUCAAAGAUGUCAAGAGUCAAAUAAGUCCUGAUAUGCCGUGUGGACGAAAAGCCCUUUUCCAAUACUUUUAUACUGCACUAACAACCCAAUCUCGCUCAACUUACCUGCGAGCUCUUGAAGACAUAAUAAAUGCUUCUCCAGAACUGUGGGAGUACAUUAACGACACAUGGAUACCGUGCGCAGAUCAGUGGGCUGAGCACCUGCGGCUUUCACAGGUAACUUUUGGUGUGGACAAAAGAAACAACUGGGGUGAGACCUCUGAGCCUCUUCAGUCUGUCUUGAAUGAGGACUCCUCAGUAGACGAUUGCGCGGAGGUCCUGCUUGGUUUUGCGCUCCGGAAAGCCAGGACUCCACCUUCCUAUGAUCACAACUCUGCUGCGCACUAUCCUGGACAGCCAGAAGAUAUAAAGGCAUUGCUCCGGUUGAUUUCCGAACCGUCGGCCAGAUGUGUGCUCAACCACCUCAGUGAGCCCGCUGGCGAAAAUGUUCUCACUCUCCUCUCAGAACGCAAGUGCUUUUGUUCCUUCAAUCGUCAGUGGCGACUGCCUUGUUCCCACCUAAUAGCUGCCGCCCGGGCAGCAUACGUCCCACUCCAAAGUUUGCUAAAGGAUUCCCGUUGGCUAGUCAUUUGGCCAUCUGUAGAAGAUGUGCUCUCUAAGUCGUCAGUCUUGCAACUUCGAGAUCAGAGCUGGCUUGCCGACGUCAAGUUCUCAAGCAUUACGCCACAUGUGCACAACCUGCAGGACCUGGCUGUCACAUCAGAAUCCGACAAGUUACCGAGACGUGCUAAAGAAGUAAGCACACUAGAUAACAAAUGGUUGUUGGAGAGUGCAACUGAGGGGCGUAGUUGUUCUGCCCCCCUUCGAAGACACCUCUAGUAAUCUGUCCAAAGUGCUUGACUCGUCAGUUUUUACUUUAACCUGCCUUCUAUUUCUCCCUUGUACAUUUGAAAAUUCCAUCUGUAUAUACGCCGCUUUUCAUCUCACUUUGUAUUUUUGAGAAAACCGGAGGAUUUCGUAGUUUCCAUCUAGUUGCCGCGCGUAUUAGCAAGCAUCAGGUGAGAAGGGUUGUUCGCAAACUACAGAUUUUGUUCAUUCGGUGCCGAACACCUGUGGUAGCUACUCGUCUUAUAUACUGAUUACUUAGUCAGCCCAGAUAUUGUCUCCCGUCUCGCAACUUGUCUAUAAAUCCUUUGUAUAUCCAAGAUCUUGGUAAUAGCGUUUUCCCUGGUGUAUGACCAGGGGUAUGACUCACUAAAGUAUUUCGUGAAUGAAUCAAAGGCAGCGAGAGUCUCCGGCUUCUCUUUUUUCGACUUAGUCGCCCAUUCGCGAUCCGUGCAACUACAUCCGGCGUCUUUUUGUGACGGAAAGUCUAAACUAAUACUUGCACUUGUUUUGAUUUGUCGCUUGGGAUACAGCCUACGCAAGUAGGUUCGGCCCAGCGACCGUUAUCGCCAUUUCGACCUGUAUCUUCUUGGAAGUGUUGUUAGGUGCUGCACUUCUGGCUUCUAUGUCUCUGUGAAAUGCGGCACUGGCCCUCUAUACAGUAGUCAAGGCCUCGCCUUGUCGAUUCACCGCACUUUCCUAUUCUGGCACUCAUGACACCCGCAAAAACGCUGCGCGUUGGCACACAAGUGACUGUUAUCCAUAACUCUUUGUAGGGAGCUUCAUUUAGCGCUACAGGAACAUCUUUCACUUGGGCUAUCACACCGUUGUCACUUCUGCUGUAAAUUCAGUGGAGACUUUUUUGUUUGUUAGUCCUCCCCGCCUUUAUUCUGGAUCAUCUGCUUCGGCGCAAGCUAGCCUUCUUCAACUAGAGACGCUUUAGAGGCGGUUUGCGUCUGUGUCAGUGAGGCAAAAUGACUGCAGACAACCAGAAUGACACCAGCCACAGUGGCGUUAUUCUUGGGACAGUCCAUGUUACACCUUGCGGGUCGUGCUUUUUCGGCGAAAUUUCGUCUGAGUUUAGCAGACGGGCCAGAAUUGUCCCAGACACCCUCGUUGACAUCACAACCAUUCGGGAAUCUAGUACUAAACCGACGCAAUGUCUGAAUUUGUGCAUCAUUUGCAGGCCUCCGAGUCCGCAGUUUGCUCUUGAUGUGUACGGGGGUUCCAAAUACCUUGCAAACGAUAAUUACGGCUGGACUGCGAAUGCAGGCCGCACGGCUUUAUGACGCUACCGCAUAUGUCGCUGCAGUUGAGGAUUGCGCUUUGAUGCCAACCUUGCCAUUGGCACAGAGGUCCAUUUGGGUUUUGACGGUUAUCAAGAGAGUUCCGCUGAGGACGUUCUGUCAAAGAGUUGUUUUUCGCCUUUAAUAUGCAAUGCCGAAAUUAGUCGUCGCACUAUGCGCCGAACAUACUGAUCGCAGUUUAGUUCAGUUUCGUAGGUUAUGUGCUCCUUUCUAAUAAAACGAUGUCGCCGUCCUAGAGUCACCCGCUUAGAGCGUCGCGUCCGGCUUUCCCUUGUCAACCAAGAGUGUGAACAGGAGCGGCCUGAUGGCGAACCCUGGAGGGAUGCUACUUUUAGUAGCAGCCCAUCCUGGCACAUAUCUCCCAACAGUAACUUUUUAUUUCCGUUCAAAGAUAAAAAUUGCCUAGCCUAGAAAGUUUCCAUUAUCGCCCGAUUGAGAUAGGGAGGAGGCGCUGGUACGGGACGCGACCAAAGAUCAUGUUUAAGUAGGAAUAGAUCACACGGGGGUCUCGUCUCAUGCCUUUGUCUAAUUUUCCCCUUGCAGUUGGGACGUAGGCGGGGCAAGAUCGGUUUUGCCAAAAGCGUCUGGGUUGUCCUAAAGAAGGAGUUCUCUUUUAGGUGUUCCUUCUUCCAUACUUUAGCGUGUAUACUUGAGGUUCUCUGACUUGUACUUUUUCCUUAGAACCGUGAGUCGUCUUUGUGACUUGGUCCGACAUUUUCCACUUUCUGGGGUUCUGAGAGCUUGCCACAAUCCGGUGACCACUGAUGUAUUAUGAAGAGGGAUCCAGUAGGUUCUUACUUAGUUUCUUUUGGAAGUGCGCCUGAAACCCCGUCCGGGUCUGGGGAUGUAGCUGAAUUCAAGUUCCUCAACUCCUAGUUUUCCAUGAUAUCGGUCAAUUGAAAUAAGUGCACUACACUCGGUGUCCAAGGGACAGCAGGUUCCUGCUUCUACUUGUUUGGCAAAGGCAGACCGAAAAAAACGUAAGAAGUCCGUCUUCUGCUGACUCCAUUUUUCUAAAUCUUUAUACUUUGUGAAGUAAGCACGACCUCUAGUGCCCUACGUAGACAUGAGGUGCCAUUGGUUUUCUC